ACUCGACCUAGAUCCAAGGCUGAGCGUGCCUUUGCACCGUUGAUCUUGACGGCUGGCCUGACCGCUGGAUCAGUGAUUGUGUCAUCGGACGGCCGAGCGGCCUCCUGCCAUAGACCUCUUGCUUUCCUCCCGCUGUCACUCUGAAGCUCUGCCGGAGGCCGAGCAGAGCAAGAAGCACCUGAAAGCAGAGAAAGCAGAGGAGGCCGUGACCAACCCGCGGCCCGCGAUCUAUACCUGCUCGCGGGCCGCGUCCGUACCCACACACCUUCUUCGUCGUCGUCGUGGUCCUGGCGGGCCUUGUCACCCUCCCUCUCCAACACCCACAGGCCCACAUCCACCUACCCGCUCGCCCUCUGCCCCUCUUCUCCUUGCCCCGUACUACGCCAGUCUCCUCCAGUCCUCCUGUUGCCGUUGCGCGCCCUCUCCGCAGUUACCCACUGUUCCCGCAGGACCGCGCCACCGCGGCGCCUCCCCCCACCCCACCCAUUCCCUCCGAGGUCCCCCGCCGCGCGGUAACCGGCGGCGAGUUACCCGCGGUUACUUAGCGCAUGCUGCUGAGGCCGCGACGUGCCCGCGGCCUGCUCGACGGAAUCCCGCGCCGGGGCCCCGCCGCCGUUCCGGGCCUUCCCGCGGCGUGCGAUCGCGCCCCCGCGGAUGGGGACGCGCUCGCGGCUUACGCGGGCAUGCUGGCGUGCGGGGUCCGGCCCGACGCCUACACGUUCCCUCCCCUGCUCAAGGCGGUGGCGCGGCGGGGCGGCCCCGCCGCGGCGUCCUCGUCCGCGCCCGCCGCCGUCCACGCGCACGUGGUCAAGUUCGGGCUGGGACGCGGCGCCCACGCCGCGAGCGCGCUGGUCGCGGCCUACGCGGCCGGGGGCGACGGCGCCGCGGCUCGCGCGGCGCUGCUGGACGGGCGCGGCACGCCCGCCGCGUGGAACGCGCUGAUCUCUGGCCAUUGCAGGGGCAAGCGGUUCGGGGAUUCGCGCCGCGCGUUUGUGGACAUGGUGCGGGCCGGCGCCGCGCCCACGCCGGUCACGUACGUCUCGGUGCUGUCGGCUUGUGGGAAGGGCAGGGACUUGCUGCUUGGAGUGCAGGUGCACAAGCGCGUUGUGGAGAGCGGGGUGUUGCCGGAUCUGAAGGUGGAGAGCGCGCUGGUUGGUAUGUAUGCCGAGUGUGCUGACAUGGACUCGGCUUGGAGGUUGUUUGAGGACAUGGAAGUGAAGAAUGUGGUGUCCUGGACGUCUUUGGUUUCUGGGCUCGCGAGAUUAGGCCUGGUUGAUCGAGCCAGAGAACUGUUUGAUGGUAUGCCUGAGAGGGACGCUGUCUCGUGGACUGCGAUGAUUGAUGGUUAUGUACAGGCUGCCCGGUUCAGGGAGGCAUUGGGGAUGUUCCGUGAGAUGCAGUACAGCAAUGUGAGGGCAGAUGAGUUCACCAUGGUGAGCGUGAUCACAGCUUGCGCGCAGCUAGGUGCCCUGGAGAUCGGAGAAUGGGCGAGGGUUUACAUGAGCAGGCAAGGGAUUAGGAUGGAUGUUUUUGUUGGCAAUGCACUUAUAGACAUGUACUCCAAGUGUGGAAGUGUUGAGCGAGCAUUGGAUGUAUUUAACGGAAUGCACAGCAGAGAUAAGUUUACUUGGACAGCUAUCAUACUUGGUCUUGCGGUGAAUGGUUAUGGGGAAGAGGCAAUUGACAUGUUCCACAGAAUGAUCAGAGUUUCAGAAGCUCCGGAUGAGGUGACGUUCAUUGGUGUUCUCACAGCCUGCACCCACGCUGGCUUAGUUGACAAAGGACAAGAGUUCUUCCACAGCAUGACUGAGACCUAUAAAAUUGCCCCAAAUGUGGUGCAUUAUGGAUGCAUAGUAGAUCUUCUUGGCCGAGCUGGGAAAAUUACAGAAGCUUUGGAGACAAUAGAUCAAAUGCCAGUGACACCCAAUUCCACUAUUUUUGGGACCCUGCUGGCAGCUUGUAGGGUUCAUGGCAAUUCAGAGAUAGGUGAAUUGGUAGCAGAGCGCAUCCUUGCGCUGGAUCCAGAGAACAGCACGGCUUACAUUCUUUUGUCCAGCAUAUAUGCAAAGGCUAACAGAUGGGAAGAUGUCCGACAGCUUAGGCAGGCAAUAAUGGAGAAAGGAAUAAAGAAAGAACCUGGUUGCAGUCUGAUUGAAAUGAACAGCAUGAUUCAUGAAUUUGUAGCUGGUGAUCGGUCUCAUCCUAUGAGCAAUGAAAUCUACUCUAAGUUGGAGAAUAUAAUCGCCGAUUUAAAGAAUGUUGGGUAUUUUCCUGAUGUAACUGAGGUCUUUGUUGAAGUUGCAGAAGAGGAAAAGCAGAAGGUUAUUUAUUGGCACAGCGAGAAGCUAGCAAUUGCUUUUGCAUUACUCAGUUCAGAACCUAAUACUGUGAUAAGGAUUGUGAAAAACUUGAGGAUGUGUUUGGAUUGCCAUAAUGCAAUUAAGUUGAUAUCAAGGUUGUAUGGAAGGGAGGUAGUUGCGAGGGACAGGACACGCUUCCAUCAUUUUCGAGAUGGACUCUGUUCUUGUAAAGACUAUUGGUAGCUCCUUAUGCAUCAGUCAGAUAAGAGGACUGAACAUAUGUGGCCUCAGCUUUGAGUGAUUACUUGAUGGCAAGCACAAGUUUUCACUUGAAAUGCAGUAUUCACUGCAGUUCAGGAAGUGAAAUGAGGAGUGAUAGUAUUAUUAAUCUAGUAGAGCCUUCAUGUUAUAUUCUGUUUGAGCUCCUCUUGUUGCACGUUGCACCUUGAUGUAAACCUUGGCAUAGCUGAUGGUUCUGCUGGCACAUCAUUUGUUCGAAAAAAGAGUUUUCCAUUGAAGAAAUACUUGCUGUAGCAUUGGCUUGUCUAUGGUGUGAAACAGUUUAUUUUGGCAAAGCUGCAUGAUAUCAAACCAGGGACGGAGCUGCCUUGUGCCAUCGGGGUCGCCGGACCCCCGAUGAAUUUUGCAAAACUCAGCGUAAAACACUGUUCACUACUGUAUUUGACCCCGUUGUGCUAAUAGAGCCGACCCCGGUGACUUGGUCGGCUGGCUUCGCCCCUGUAUCAAACCUUUGGUUGAUUGUUUGUCUUGUGGAUUCUUACAGUUUGGGCCUUCAUUAAACAAGGUAUUUUUAAUGAUAACAUAUGCCUUAUAUCAACAUAGAAUACCUGACAAGGGACGCGAAGGUGCAGAAGCCAUUAAACGUGAGCCUUGGGAUACCAAACUCCCUUGCGAUGUCAGCAGUCCACCAGUGUGACAUGUCAGAUAUGAUGCAGCUUGGAGAUGGGUGUUGCUGACGGAGGUAUGCUGUAAGUGGCUCCCGAAGUGCUGCGCAGGCCUCCAUGAAAUUCUUGAACAGAUCUCUGGACUGGAUCAUGUCGGCAUUCUCGCAUCCGUU